AUGAUUGUGGCCAACCUAACGUCCAACCCGUACUCCGUACUCCGUACCCUUCAACGUUUGCCUCCUGCCGGCCCUGAUUCCGUCGAGCCCUUCAGCAACUUCCCUCUUUUAUCUGACCCCUCCCAUCCAUUCCGCCCGCUUCUUCUCGUCCCUAACUUGCCUCACUACACCAACACCUUAUCCUUCCCGAUUCAGUUGAUUUCGCCAACCACAGACACCACCGUAGACAUCAGCUGCUCCCCAAAAUUCGACUACCUCGCCACGGGAUAUCCCUGGAUCUUGUAUCAGGGGUCUCCCGGCACGUUGUUCCUCGUCGUACCUUAUGCCUGCCGGUGCAAUCAUCACCGGCAUCAUUCCAUUAUCUGCUUCUGCACUGACGAGCCCAUGAACAGCACCAAACAUCUACCCUUCACUACGCAAAAGGUACAGACGACUACCAAUAGUCCAUCCUUCUCCAUCUCGCUGGAUGCACUGUGGGAGACUUCGGCCGCCAUCCGACCGAUGUUUAUCCAAGGGUCUCUCAUUGUACCCUCACCGUACCUGCGCAUCCCAUCCACGGCCGAUCAGACACCAUGGACGGUAUGCUUACCUUGCCCCAUCUUGGCUCGCCUGGCAAUGCCGUCCCUAUCGUCUUUCUGUUUCCACGAUCAGCCUGAGGUGUUUAUGAUGCUCUCGAAACUACCGGAAGAGUCGAUAGUCGACCAGUGGCAACGCAAUCCGCAUAACUGCGCCAUGGUCAUUGCUGGAUCUAGCAGCUCCCCCUUCGGCCUUACCUCGCCCGUCUCCCAUUCAAUGACGCCCGUCUUGGAACCGUACCGCCCUCCCCUCCGAUUCGCAAGGGGGCAUGGGCCACAACCAAUGCACACACCUCGAGUCCCCGUUGUCUGGCAUCCCACACCCCCGCCUCAUCCCAGCUACUUCCCUACCAACUUCCUAACUCUUUUGAACCAGCAGCUCGCAACAGACCGCGUUUCUGUCCCGACUGCUUUCAAGCCGCAUACCGUCCCCGUGGUCGCAGCGCAACCUCGAGCUGCUUCCAUGAUGACUGCUACUACGUACAUCACGGCAUCUCGAGCUACUGCGGGCUGUGGAGAGAGAGAGGAGAAGGAGAGGGACAAGAAGUUCACAGCCGUUUUAACCACAACCAGUCUGGCACAUUUGCCUUCCACCUCCAACCCCUUGAGCCUCGACCUGUCCCAUGAAUCCUACUCUUACCUUCUGGUAGGGUCUUCUGGCAACCAGAGAGACUGGCAAAGAGCCCAGAAAGCUCCAUCCAACGGGUUCAUGGGGCCCAUGAGCCUGGCUGUGGGCGUCGACGACGUGGGGCCGCUUGCGCCAUCUCCGACUCCCCGACCGCCGGCCGCUGGCCCCAAGUCAAACAAAAGCCGACUGCCUUACUGUCUGUCCGUCGCCUCCGUCCUGUUUGUGUACCUUUCGGCUUCGUCUCGAGCCAGUCCGUCUGCUCCUCGCACGAGUCUUGACGUCUGUCAGCUGCAUUGGCAGCCCAUAACCACUAGCUGCCCUGACCGUUCAAGCUUUCCCUUCAGUACUUUAGCGAGUAAUCUUCCUCGCUGGCGAGAGCUCAACUACCGUCUACGAGAGCUCGCUUCUACGUCGCAAUUGUGUAAACUACGCAGCAGCCAGCAAUGCGCUCCAUGGACUGCUGAGCCUGGCCUGGCCUGGCCUGGCUUUCCCUCAGGCUUUUCGCUCGCUAGUGCAAGCUUGCAACGUCAGGUUCUAUUCGGGUUGGGGGCGGUUCUCGAAGCAUCACGCGAGUGCAGGGGGAUCCCUCUGUGGGCAAGAAAUUGCGACAUUUCCGCCUUGCCUGCCAGUCUGCGCAGCCACCAGCCUGCGCAACAGCUCUCCGCCGCAGCUCUUAGAAGACAGCCCUGGCUGGUCUUCGCCUCGAAUCUCAUGUCGCUCUGUCUCUCGACGACGCGGGUGUUUCCCGUCAUAAGCGCACUUAGAAGGCACCUGGAGCCAAACCCACGUCUCUCUGACCACGCCCACGCCACACGGGCCAGCUUGCUAGGCUCCACGUGGGCCAUGGAGUCCGUGAUAGCUGCUGCGGGUGACGGCGAAAGGGGUGGAUCACAACCACUGCUUGCUGAGAGCAAACCUGCCCUUAAAGCAGCGACAGACAUGCAGCGUCGACCGUCACACGGCGGAUGGGGUUGGCCGUGCCAGGCUCUCGGCCUUAGGCCUGACAAGCGGUCUCUCGAUCGAAGCACGACGACUGGACGGACGAUUCUCUUGGAACCCUUCCCAUGCCUCUUUCCCCCCCUCCAUUUCCUGCCGCCAUCCUCUUGGACGAAGUCAAAAGUCACUUGGAUGGAGAAUGUGCGAAGCAAGAUAUUGGACAAGUCGCAAUGCUCUCAGAAGGUCUGGUCCACAGUCGUACGCGUCGGUUCAUCAUCUAACAUGGUCAAGACAACUUACUUGAAGAGCCGAAAACUCUCCUUGGACAACACUACUAAGCGAUAUGAAAUUGGCCGUUGCACACAGGGGAGAGUUCAGCCCGACUAA